CAGGAGCGCCACGGUCCCCAGCGCUGCCUCGCCCCGGAGAGCUGGAACAGACCCCGAGCAGUCCCCGGCCGGGCGAUGGAGGGUCCUGGGCGGGAGCCCAACGCCAGACAAUCCCGAGGUGGAGCGAGAGGGCAUGUGCUUCGUUUGGACACUGGCUUUAUAGGAAGAGGCAGAAACAGAACAAAUAAUGUACCAGGCCAGGCACCUAAAUUAGGGGAAAACCUCCAAGACAGUAAUGAUACCCUUUUACAUGGACAAAGAAAAGAGGGGUUUAGUGGUUGGAUUUCAAAGGUUCCUCAAUCUGGUAAGAAUGAACCAAGAAUCCAAGGUGAACAGGCCAACAGUGAAGCCACAGGAUUCUGGACAAAACAGAAUGAGGGAAGGAGAAUGAGGGAUCAAGGUGGACAAACACAUGAGAGGGGCAGAAGACCCUGGAAUGAGCAUGAAAAUGCAUUUAGAGGAAGAAGCUGUCAGCUUGGACAAGCCCGUGAGAGGACCAGAGGACCCUGGAAUGAGCAAGAAAGUAGAGGCAGGGGGAGGAGGUAUCAAGGUGGACAGGCUCAGGGAGGAACUAGAGGGAGAGGGCUGAGGAGUGGGUGGGAAAACGAAGGUAACACAUGGAGGAUGCAACCUCGGGAGAAUCCUCAUUUCCACCAGAAUGCUACCCGAGGUGGUGGCCACCACAGUGAGCAGCCUCGGCAAGCCAGAAGGAUUGGCUAUAAAUUCCUUGAAAGUCUCCUCAAGAAAGACCCCUCAGAAGUUGUCAUCACUCUUGCUUCCAGUUCAGGGUUGAAGGAACUUCUUUCCCAAACAACCAUGAACCGCAAUUUUGUUCAACUCAUUUGCCAGGUGCUUCAGAAAGUGUGCAGUUCCCAAAUGGAUAGACAGGGUGUCCAGCACAUUCUUGGAGUUGUGAAGGAGUCCAACUUUCUCAAGGUCUGUCUGCCACAGUAUGUGUCUGACAUGGUAACAGAAGUAGUUCCUGCUGUACGCCAUGAGUACCCUGAGCAUAUCAACAACAUCAUUUUACUUCUUCAGCACCUGAUAAGUACUUUUCCAGCCAGCUCUGUGCAGAAAGUCUCCAUUCUCUUGACAGUCUUGCCAGCAUCCAUAGAUGCCCUGAGAACUUUUGGUGUGGACAUCACAGAAGAGAUAGAGAAGAAUCUCAGUCAAGUCCAGAUGCUCAUGCAGCAUCUGCAGGAGAAGAGACGUGAAGGCACACUGAGAGCUGAUAAGUGUACAUUUAUGCAGCCUCAAGAUGGGGAGGCAGAAAGCUAUCGUUUCAUGAGCAUUUAUCCAACAUAUGAUGAGAUACAUGGUAAUGAGAAACCUUUUCUACGUCCCAAUUUUGUUUUUGGAAAAUAUGAAAGCACCAGUAUUUAUCUUGACACCCACUUCCGACUUUUGAGAGAAGACUUUGUAAGGCCUUUAAGGGAAGGUAUUGUAGAGGUUUUGCAGAACCUCCAGGACAGAAAUUUGAGAAAGAAAAAAUUUGAUGAUAUCAGGAUCUACUUUGAUGCACGGAUUAUUGCCCCAUCUUGUACCCCAACUGGCAUUGCUUACAAGGUCCAGUUUGACGCAAAACCACUGAGGUUUGUACAUUGGCAGAAUUCUAAACGAUUGCUGUAUGGAUCCCUAGUCUGCAUGUCCAAAGAUCACUUUGAAACAUUCCUUUUUGCCACUGUUUCUAAUCGUAAUGCUGCAGAACUUGUCAAUGGGAUUGUGGAGCUGUGUUUUGAUGCAGAGAGCCAACCACUGCUGGGAGAGUUUGAACCCUCAGACUCUUUCCUCAUGGUAGAGACAACUGCCUAUUUUGAGGCCUAUCGGCAUGUGUUAGAAGGGUUGCAGAAAAUGCGGGAAGAAGAUAUCCCAUUCCAGAAGUACAUUGUGGAAUGUAAUGCACAGGUGAAGGAGCCAGCAUACCUGACACGGGAUACUGUCUACAACCUUGCACCUUUGGUGAAGACUUCACGUAAAGAGAAGUGCCCUGAUAGCUUGAAAAGUGUCAACAUUCUAGAUCCCAGCCAAUGGCUUUCAAUGGAAGCUUUGCAAUUGGAUGAAUCUCAGAUGCAGGCAUUGAAUCUUGCACUCACCAAGGAGCUGGCUAUCAUCCAAGGACCUCCUGGCACUGGGAAGACUUACGUGGGUUUGAAGAUUGUUCAGGCUCUCUUGGCUAAUGAUCAUGUGUGGCAAAGCACUUACCAGAAGCGUCCCAUCCUCAUAGUCUGCUACACCAACCAUGCCCUGGAUCAGUUCUUAGAAGGAAUAUUAUCAUUUGCAUUAGAUGGGAUAGUGCGUAUUGGGGGCAGGAGUAGCAGUGCAGCCCUGCACAGAUUCACCUUGAAGGAGCUGAGGAAGCAUACCAACAGAUUUAACUUCCCAGACGACCACUUCAGAGACUAUGAUUAUAUAAUUCAUGAGAUGAAAACGGCUGAGGAGGGUCUCCUUGAAGGAGCGAAGCGGUUGGAGUGCACGGCCUACGGAGUUCUGCAUGAGCGCUACUUGAAACCACACAUGGCACCCCAGCACUGGGACAGCCUGAGAAGGGCUGUGGCAGACACUGAGUUUUACUACUUUGGUUCACGACGCUCACUGAUUGUGGAGUGGCUGGGACUUGAUGUAUCUGCCUUCACCCAGGAUGCGGCAGAGAAUACAUGGGCUGAAAAUCCAGGUGGUCAGCAGGAAGGAGAGGAGGACAAUGAAGAUGAAGCAGAAGAGGAGCUUUUGGAGAUCCCAGAGAUGGCUGACCUGAUUGAAGCUGAGAGAGUGAUUGAGGAUGAAAGAAUAGCAAACUAUUGGAGGAGGGAGAAGGAAGACAGUGUUCAUGAUCUAGCCCCUGCCAUGUUGGCUAUGAAGCUGGAUCAAGAAGAAGGAACAGCUCAACCAUGGCAGGAGAACAUGCAGUGGGAGAUAACUCGUGGCCAGAGGAGAAAAAUUAUGCAGAAGAUGAAGGUUGAGCUCCGUAAAGUGAACACAAUGACAGAGUUAGAGGCCAAUGCUGUUCAGGAUGUGUGGCAACUUGACCUGAACUCCCGCUGGAGGCUUUACAGCAAUGUCAUGCCCUGCAUUUGUACAUGUUCAGGACUAAGUCCAGAUGAUAAUAACCUGUUUUCCAGAAGGCUUUGGCUGCAGACUUACCAGGGUUUUAUUCGAGAGGACAUUCGGGAUCAUGAAGAGCAGUAUCAGGAAGCAGCCAGAAAACUGAAAGAACUGAAGCUGGAGCAAGAUCUCUGCAUUCUCAGUAGUGCCAGAAUUGUGGGGAUGACAACUACAGGUGCUGCAAAAUACCGACGGAUCUUGCAGUACAUAGAACCGCGAAUUGUUAUUGUAGAAGAGGCAGCAGAGGUGCUUGAGGCUCACACCAUUACUACUCUGAGUAGUGAAUGCCAGCACCUCAUCCUCAUUGGAGAUCACCAGCAGUUGCAGCCUAGUGCAAAUGUUUAUGACCUGGCCAAGAACUUUAACCUUGAAGUCUCUCUCUUUGAACGUCUGAUCAAAGUGGAUUUCCCCUUUGUCUGUCUGAAGUACCAACACCGCAUGCGCCCUGAAAUUGCCCAGCUUAUCAGUCCUCAUAUAUACCAGAAGCUGGAGAACCAUCCCUCUGUCCUGGAAUAUGAGAAUAUAAAAGGUGUCUCAACUAAUAUCUUCUUUGUGGAACAUGAGGUUCCUGAACAAGAGAUCCAGGAAGGGAAAAGCCACCAGAACCCACACGAGGCCCGCUUUGUAGUGGAACUGUGCAAAUAUUUCUUGUGUCAGGGCUAUGAACCUUCUCAGAUCACCAUUCUCACUGCUUACACUGGACAGCUCUUCUGUCUGCGUAAGCUCAUGCCAGCAAAAACCUUUGAAGGUGUGAAGGUUCAUGUGGUAGAUAAGUACCAGGGAGAGGAGAAUGAUAUUAUUCUGCUGUCAUUGGUGCGGAGCAACAAGGAGGGGAGACCUGGAUUCUUGCAGAUCCCUAAUCGGUUAUGUGUGGCAUUAUCCAGAGCUAAGAAAGGCCUCUAUUGUAUUGGAAACAUGAGAAUGCUUGGCAAGGUUCCUCUCUGGAACAAGAUCAUUGAAACCCUUGGGAAGAACGGUCGCAUUGGCCAGUCAUUGGAGCUUUGCUGUCAAAACCACCCUGGAACCAAGACAAAGGUAUCUACAGGUGAAGACUUCAACAGCGUCCCGGAGGGAGGCUGUACUCGUCCCUGUGAGUUUAGGUUGAAUUGUGGACAUGCUUGCGCAAGGGCAUGUCACCCGUAUGACCCAGAGCACAAAAAGUACCAGUGCCUGAAGCCUUGUCAAAAGGUACUUUGUGCAGAUGGACACCACUGCCCAAAGUCAUGUUAUAAGCCCUGUGGAAAAUGUUUGGUGAAGGUAGAGAAAACUAUUUCUAAGUGUGGCCACAUACAGAUGGUGCCAUGCCAUAUUCCAGAGUGGCAAUUUGAGUGCCUAGAGCCUUGCCAGAAGAAGUUAAACUGUGGACACACAUGCAAACGUUCCUGUGGGCAGCCAUGCACAAUGAAGUGUCCUGAAUGGGUUACAGCCACACUGAAAUGUGGCCAUGAGCAGAAAGUUUUGUGCUGGAUGACUGAGAUGGGACAUGAGGAGGCUGUGAAAUGUGAGACAAAGUGUUCUGUCACACUGGCAUGUGGUCAUGUAUGUUCAGGUUCCUGUGAUACUUGCUUUGGAGGAAGAUUUCAUAAGGCAUGUGACAGCCCAUGCAAGCGUGUCUUGAUCUGUUCCCACAAGUGUCAAGAGCCUUGUACUACAGAAUGUCCUCCUUGUCAGAAGGAAUGUCAGAACUAUUGUAUUCACAGUAAGUGCAAAAAGAAAUGUUGGGAAAGCUGUGUUCCUUGUGCAGAGCCAUGUGAGUGGCAGUGCCAGCACUACCAAUGUACCAACCUUUGCUCUGAGCCGUGCAACAGGCCUCGCUGCAAUGUUCCCUGUGCUAAGAUGCUACCCUGUGGUCAUCCCUGUGUUGGAUUGUGUGGAGAGCCCUGCCCAAAGAAGUGCCUUGUUUGUGACCACGAGGAGCUCACUCAGAUCUUUUUUGGCUUUGAGGAUGACCCAGAUGCUCGAUUUGUAGAGCUUGAAGACUGUGGCCAUGUCUUUGAGUCACAAGGCCUCGACCACUAUAUGGAUGAAGAUGAUGAUGUCGUCAAGCUGAAGGUAUGCCCUAUGUGUCAGACACCCAUCAGAAAGAAUCUGAGAUAUGGCAGCAGUGUGAAAAGGCAGGUGGAGGAGAUAGAACGAGUGAAACAGAAAAUCCAAGGCCCGGCAGAGGAAAUUGAGUCUAACAGACAGAGACUGCAGGCUGCACUGAAGCAGAAUAUUUAUCUGAGGUGUAAUCUAUCCUCUAAGUAUGCCAUGCUUAAAGAGAAACUAAAAGCUUCUCCUCUCUCCACAAAGAGUAUUGGACUAAUUGAGAACCUGCUUAAUUUCUAUAAACGUGUAGCAGACCUAACUAGUUCUCUGAACAAAAUUGCUGAGAAUGAAAAGAAGGGUCUGGUAAAGAGGCUGGAUGAAGUGCAGAAGUGGUUGGACAAGCAACGUAUCAGUUUUACAGGACAGGAGCUCGCUGACCUGCAGUCUGAGAUCCAGAGACUGACUUACUUGCUGAGCCUCUUGGUAAGGUGCAAAGCAAGUAGGAUGAUAUCCACAGACAUCGCAGCAGAGAUUAACAGUGCACGUGAGAUCCUGGAAGGGACGAAGAAAUUCACAGAGGAGGAUGAGGCUGCAGUGAAGGCUCACCUGAAGAAGAUCAAUGUUAGCUUACCCAUGUCAGGGCUGGGGAUUUCUGAAGCUGAGCGGGUGCAGAUUGUCACUGCUAUUGGCUGUCCCCGUGGCCACUGGUUCAAGUGCAAAAAUGGGCAUAUCUAUGUAAUUGGAGAGUGUGGGGGGGCAAUGCAGAAGAGUACGUGCCCUGAGUGCCAUGAGGUCAUCGGUGGCACCAACCACACUCUGGACAGCAGCAACAGCCUGGCCCCGGAGAUGGACGGGGCAACCCAUGCGGCCUGGUCCGAUGUGGCCAACAACAUGCUCAACUUCGAGGACCUCCGCCGGCUGAUGUAGAAGGGCGUGAGCCUCGCUCCUUACUACAGACACGCUCGCAGGGGCACAGCCCCGCUGCUUUCCCCGUUUGCUUGCUCACUAAUAAAUUAGUGUGUCGCUCCCAA